CCCCCAGUGCGCAUGUGCGCGGUGGCUCUGUGUGUAAUAAGUAAAGCUGGGUCCGGAGUUAACAGAGCGGUAUUUCUAGAGCUCUGUUAAUCCGUAUAUAAACUGUAUGUCUCGAAUUCUCGCCUCAGCGAUGUUGAUAAAAGAUGUCAGCUCUAGGAAGUGGAGCAGUAAACCAGGGUCGACAUAUUGGUCUCCAGCAGCUGGAAGCUGUGGCUGCUUCCACCCAUUCUUUUUUGGGUCCUAACAAACGCUAUAAAUUCAUCCAAGAUGAGGCGACUGGGGAGUCUGCACUAGUCUGCUCCUGUUACCGUCUACUGGAGCAGCUGGAGCUUAGCAGCUCUGUUGGGCAGCUGCUGCACGAGACUGUUCGGGCCCACCAAGGGACACUGCACUCGGGCACUGGGACUGUGGUCUUCCUCGCAGGGGUCUGGAGCAGAGUGGCCCUGGAGUGUCUUCACAAGGGCAUCUCCAUUCCGCACAUCAUAGCUGGCAUGUCAAAGGGCUUGGACUUGUGUGUGGAGGUCUGCAAGCGUAAUGCGGUGACUGUGGAGGAGGGGAUCUGUAAGAGUGCUGUACAGAAGCAAACGAAUGGCUUAUUUACAGGACUUUUUAUAGAUACAGGAGUGAAGAAAUCAACUCAGGAUGGUGGUGUUAAAUCCAUAAAUGGAGUUCUUAACCAAGAGAAGCGUCCUCUAAAGCACAGAAUAAAGCUCAAGCACAGCAGGCACUUCAAUUCAAGUAGUGCAGGGGCUGAGGAAACACACUCUGUGGACUUUACAUCACCAAAUUUACACCAAAAAUGUUCAAAAACAUUAGACUUAACUCCGCUAGCUGAAGCUGUGAGCCAUGGAUGUGAGGCUUCCAUGAGGUUAGUGAUGGAGGCUAGCAGGAUUCAGUCUACAUAUGUCCCACAAGGUCACAGCAGUCACAACUUUCUAGAUGUUGAUAGAUUAGUGACAUGCCCAUUGCCAGGGCUGUCUGAGGAACAUUCCUGUGUACUCCAUGGGUAUGUUGUGAAGUCAUGUAGUGUAGAGCAGGUGUCUCUAGUCAAGCAUUUCGAAGAGCGGGCGUUAAAAAUCGGCCUUAUAAAUGGCGACCUCACUGAGUCAUACCGCCAUGUCGGUUUCAACAGGCCUAAAAAUGUCACAUACAUUCAUGAUUCGUGCAUCUCCACAGGAGUCAGUGUAGAGCAGGAAUGGAUGGACCGUGCAUUGAGAAUACUCCUCAACCUCAGCAUAGACAUUCUCCUUGUGAAUGGAAUGGUCACUUCACAGCUUAAAAGCCACUGCCUCAGUCACAACAUCCUGGUAAUUGAGCAUGUGAAGGUCACAAUUUUGAACAACUUCGCUACAACUACUGGAGCUGUUUCUGUUUCUUAUGUCACACAGCUUAGCGAGCGCUGUGUGGGAUCUGGGGUCCAGGUUAGCGUGCUGAGAGACUAUCAAAAUACACUGAAGACAGAAUCGUCAACCCUUUUGAACAUUGUAGCUAGUGCAACUACUCUGGUCACGGUGAUCAUUACUAGCUCAGUUCAUGCUAAGCUCCAGAGCCUGGAAGAUCAGUUCUGGAGCUGCACCUAUCGUCUGCAUCAUGCACUCAAUGACGGAAAGCUGCUGCCUGGCGCUGGAAUGACUGAACUGCUGUGCAUUCGCCAGCUGUACAGACAUAAGGAUGUAUCCCAGAACAGUAAAGACAGACAGAAAGAUGUAGCACCCUAUGAACCAGUGAUUCUGCAGCUGAUGGCAGAGGGCUGGAUGGACUAUAUAUCCACUCUCAUGUUCAAUGCUGGUCAGGUUACAGCCAAAGCACACGCAUGGACACACAUAGCCCAACACCUGAAGGAGUUUGAGAGCAAGAGCCUUCCAGGUUGGCUGAAAAGUCCUCUUAAAACGUAUAGUAACUCAACAAAUGCAAUACAAGGAAAGGGAGACCAGGAUAGAGGCGAGGGGACAGUGGAGAGAGAUGAAGUGUAUGAUAAUAUGACCGUGAAGUUUGAGGCCUGGAGAGGAGCUCUAGAUCUGGUGUUUUUGAUUCUACAGACAGAUACUGAGAUUAUUACAGGAAUAAAUGAGAGUGAUAGUCAGUUUAGAGAUGUCAUGUUUCUGUAAUCUCUCUGAACUGGUAAAAUGUUAACCCUAUGUGCUGUGUCACAUUUUGUUAUUUAAAUAUACAUAUAUAUUUUGUUUGUUUAUUUAUUUACUUGUACUUGUAUUUAAACACUAAAUAAAGUUUCAAUCUUGUAUACUGUUGGCAUCUGGAAUACUGUACGUUGGGCAAGAAAAAAACUUCACCACUAACAUUACAC